AGAGAACUGUUCCAGUCGUUUUUUUUUUUCUUCUUUCUUCAAACCAAAAAUGCCCAAGGAUUAUCUUGGAGAGGAUCAGCGCAAGGUCCGCGCUGACGAAGACAAGGACGAUAAGCCAAUCAAAGCGCUCGACGAAGGCGACAUUGCCCUGCUCAAGACCUAUGGCGUCGGACCGUACACCCGAUCAAUCAAGAAGGUCGAGGACGACAUUGCAGCAGCCGUCAAACAUGUUAACGAGAUUGCCGGCGUGAAGGAGUCGGACACGGGCCUCGCACACCCCGGCCUGUGGGACUUGGCCGCAGACAAGCAGAUGAUGCAGGAGGAGCAGUCGCUGCAGGUUGCACGAUGCACCAAGAUCAUCAACGUGGCAAACCCGGGCCCGAAGGAGGCGGCGUCGCAGUACGUCAUCAACAUUAAGCAGCUGGCCAAGUUUGUCGUCGGCCUCGCAGACAACGUCGCCCCGUCCGACAUUGAGGAGGGCAUGCGCGUCGGCGUCGAUCGCGGCAAGUACCAAAUCCACCUGCCGUUGCCGCCACGAAUCGACCCCACGGUCACAAUGAUGCAGGUUGAGGAGAAGCCAGACGUGACGUACGCGGACGUCGGCGGCUGCAAGGAGCAGAUUGAAAAGUUGCGCGAGGUUGUUGAAACCCCCCUGUUGCACCCAGAGCGCUUUGUCAACCUCGGCAUUGAUCCUCCGAAGGGCGUCUUGCUAUUCGGCCCGCCCGGCACCGGCAAGACCCUGUCGGCCCGCGCUGUCGCCAACCGCACCGACGCCUGCUUUAUUCGCGUCAUUGGCUCUGAGCUUGUUCAAAAGUACGUCGGCGAGGGUGCUCGCCUUGUUCGCGACCUGUUUGACAUGGCGCGAUCCAAGAAGGCCUGUGUCAUCUUUUUCGACGAAAUCGACGCUGUCGGCGGCGCCCGCUUCGACGACGGCGCUGGCGGUGACAAUGAAGUCCAGCGUACCAUGCUUGAGCUCAUCAACCAGCUCGACGGCUUCGAUGCCCGCGGCAACAUUAAGGUGUUGAUGGCGACCAACCGACCUGAUACACUCGACCCCGCAUUGCUGCGUCCUGGUCGUCUCGACCGCAAGGUUGAGUUUGGCUUGCCCGACUUGGAAGGCCGCGCCAACAUUUUCCGCAUUCACGCAAAAUCGAUGAGUGUCGAGCGUGAUAUUCGCUACGAGUUGCUUGCACGGCUGUGCCCCAACAGCACCGGUGCCGAGUUGCGAUCAGUCUGCACAGAAGCCGGUAUGUUCGCCAUCCGCGCACGCAGGAAGGUCGCCACAGAGAAGGAUUUCCUCGAUGCUGUCAACAAGGUCAUCAAGGCCUACGCCAAGUUCAGCGCCACUCCUCGCUACAUGACAUACAAUUGAAGCUUCAAAUUGUUGAUAAAAGUCUGUUGUUGUAGUUGUUGUUGUUGUUUUGUGGGUCGCCAUUGCGCGUUGAAUACAGUAUCAAGCAAGCAAACAAACAAACUUUUCCG